CCCGGCAAACACAAGAGCCUUCGGUUUCCCAAAGCCAUAAUAUUCUACUUCUUUUUUCUACUUUUUUUUUUUUUUUUUUUUUUCUUAGCCGUAAUCCAGCAGUACUUUAUCACCAAAAUGUUGAGCCUUGCCAAAGACGUAGCCUCUAGAGUUGAAAAUGUGGUCACCAAUGUGAAAGAACACAUUGGAGGAGAGAUCAGCCUCUUCACCUUGUCCGACAAAAAAAUCACUGAGCUCAUUUACGAGACUCAUGUUCACGCCGAUGAAUCUUUCGACGAAGAUUCACUCUUCGUCAUCGUCGAAAACAUUCUCAAGCGUGCUACCCAGAUUAUUGACAAAGUUGUGCAGGGAAGCAACGUCCAUGUGGAAAACAUAGAGGAAAAGAGCCCCAAUGCUAACUUCACUGUCCCAUUGUGCACAAUUAAGUCCGUUGGCAGCGAGCUUGCAUGCAAACCUCCGGGUGAGGAAAUUGCACACAAGACAGCUCUUUCCAUUCUCCACAAGCUUUCCAGCUACUCCUGGGAAGCAAAGUCAGUGCUAACCCUGGCCGCUUUUGCCUACGAUUUCGGGGAUUUCUGGCACCUCGCCCACCACUUCCAAUCGGACCCUCUGGCAAAACAAUUGGCAAUCCUGAGAAAAGUGCCCCAACUCAUCAAGCCGGCCGAGCUCCAGAAACGCCGGCUAGCAAUUCUGGAGGUCAGCAGCCUCAUCAAGGCUACCACGCGUGUCAUUGCGAUUUUCGACGAGUUUGAGAAGCUGUCUGUUAAUGACCCGAAAAAUGUCCCUGAGUUGCCCGCGGCAUUGGACCACUUGCCAGUGGAUGUCUACUGGACCAUUGUCACAAUUGUGGCUAUUGCAACCAAGAUCUCCAUUCUUCUCAGUGAUGAGCCUGAGAAGCCUCAUGAUUUGGCUCCCUACUCUCAGAAAAUCCACUUCAUCCUCAACAGGCUCAACUUGCAUCUGACUAUUUGCCGGAGGCAACUAGCUGAGGCCGAGGCUAUUCGGAGAAUCAGGAAACUCUUGAGAACCCCAACUGAAGUCGUGGAGAUUUUCAAGGCCUUGAUCUUUAUCAAGGACACUACUUUGCAGCCCCUCAUUGAUGGUUCCACAAACAGAACGGUGAACAUCGACGUGCUAAGGAGGAAAAACGUAUUCCUCUGGAUUUCAAGCCUGGACAUCACUGAACAAGACAUCGCACUCCUCAAACCGAUUUACGAUAAAACAAAGAAGGAACGGAACUACACAAUCGUAUGGGUUCCGAUCGUGGAGCAAUGGACCGACGAAUUGCGCAAGAAGUUUGAAGUUCUACGCCCUAAGAUUCCGUGGUACAUUGUGCAGCAAUUUUCACCGGUUGUAGGCAUCAGAUUCAUCAAAGAAGAGUGGGAGUUCAAGGGCAGGUCUCAGCUUGUGGUGCUUAGCCCACAAGGAAAAGUGGAAAACACCAACGCAAUCCACCUGAUCAAGAGUUGGGGAUUGGAGGCCUUCCCAUUUGACUUGGAAGCACAAAAGAUUAUCACCGACAAGGUUAACUGGAUUGCUCCUGUUGUUCGCAACAUUCACCCAACCAUUGAAACUUGGAUCAAGGAGGAGAAGUAUAUCUUCUUCUAUGGAGGCAAAGACACGGAGUUGAUCCAACAAUUCACCAAGAAAGUGACUGCCCUCCAAAACGAGCCUGCCUUCAAGGACACAAAGAUCAACAUUGAGUUAUUCCUCGUCGGGAAGACGACCAGGGGAGGCGAAGACAGCAGCAUCAUAGGGCGGUUCUGGAACGGCAUUGAGAGCUUGUUUGUCAGCAAGUCUCACAAGCAAGUUGACCCCGUCACACAAGACAUCCAGAAGCUGCUUGCCUACAAGAACGAGAGCGCUUGGGCAGUCCUCAGCAAGGGCUCCACCGUGAUCACCGCGGGACACGGCUCCGCCAUCCUUAAGGUCGUCGAGGACGUCGACAAAUGGAAGGACGUCGUGAAGGAGAAGGGCUUCGAGGCCACUUUCAAGGAAUACCACUCUAGGAUCACUAAGACCGUGCGCUACUGCAGCCACAUUGACGUCCCCGUCGUCGCCGGUAAGGUUCCCGAGACCUUAAAAUGUCCAGAAUGCCCUCGCACCAUGGAGACCUACAUCAGCUACAAGUGCUGCCACAUUGAUGGCCCCAAUGGGCACCACUGAAUGCAUUCAGUACUAUGCGGCUAUCUCUCUUUCUAUGCUGAUGUUACAAGUGUUUCUAUGUUCCUACUUGUAUGGCUUAUUUUGUGUAUGUGUGUGUGUGUGUGUGGUGUUUGCUCGAAUAAAGGGCAUAUUAUUAAAGAUUGCCGUCUAUAAGGUAGUCUUGUGGCCCCCAAAAUGUUGUGUUUGUUCUAGUUGUCUAAGAGAAACGGCGACUGUGGCUUGAGUGUGUGUUUCUUUAUGUAGGUUGUUAAAAAAAUUAAUAAAUAAUUAAGCAUCGUUAAUGCUAUCUUUAAAUGUCGUGAUCUUAUUUACGUCACUUUCUUUUUU